UGUGACAGCUUGUAAAACAAGCACUGUUUAGUUUGUCCAAAAGCAAGCUGAGCGUCAGCUGACAGGAAGGAAGAAACGACCACAUCGUGCAUCACCGUUUCUUUGACUUCAAUUCCUCUUCUGACACCUUUUGCUCAGCCAGCCUAGAUGGAAACUUAGAAGAAAAAGGGAACUAGAGAUUAGUUUAGCCGCCCCUCCUCCUCCCCCUCCUGGUCUCAGUCUGCACAAUAUCCUCUUUUGGGAUCUUUUCUUGUUUGAGUGUGGCAAACACUCACAGUAGGGAUGAGAGUCUGAGAGCAGGAGGAGAUCUGGUCCAUGAUGGGAUGCUGCAGUGUGACCCAGAGGCACACCGGAGUGGACGAGGUGGGUCCUGAUGAGAUCGAACUACUGGAACUCUCGGGGGACAAUUUAGGUGUGUGGGCAUUGGGAGAGACCAGACUUCAACUGUCAGUAAGGAGGAGCAGCAAAGACGACAAACAGCCAUCAUCUUACACUUCGAUACGACACCUGGAGCAACAGGUGGUGCUGUGGGGCAAGAGCAGAGAGGAUCUGCAUCACAGGAUCUACUCCCAGCAGCCAAUCAGAGGCUGGGAGGGUCGACCUGCUCACAUGUUUGGAGAGAUCAUCCACUCCUCCUUAGUGGGUCUGCACAGCAAAUACGCCCAGGAAAAGUCUGAUUACUUCCUGGUUUUAUUUUCCUUCCACCUGCUCCUCCUCUCCUUGGACCACACCCAGCAAGACUUUGUUUAUGAGGGAAUGCUUCCUCUUUCUGGACUCUCCUUCCGCAUCAUCUCCAUGGAGCGAGACGUAUCACAGCCACCUCACAUGUUUGAGAUCAGCAGCCGGAUGAUGGAGCCCAAGGUCUUCAUAUGUACCACCGGUGCUGAGCUGCAGGCCUGGAUGCGGCACGUGGAAGACAGGAGGUACAAGUCCAUGACCCAACCUACAAGUCCCCCCCACUGUGCUCUCUCCUACCUGCUGCCUUGUGAUGAGCACUGGAAAAGAGAGGAGUUGAAGAAGUACUUGAUGCAUGCGCCGAUAUGGGAGUGGGAGGGUUCACCGAUAGUGCUCAUGGGACCACCAAGCUACCUGUCGGUGGUGCACAUCGUCAGCACACACAGACAGGGUCUCCAAGAACGACUGAUGGUUCUCUUCCCCCAAGAUGUGCUGCUGCUGUCAGUUGACAACCAGCUGCUCAAUAUCACAUAUCAGGGCAGGCUGCCGCGGCAGAGCAUCAAAGUCACGGAGAGAUCAAGCCUUCCUGGACGACUUGAGUUUGAGCUUGGAGGAGAGCUGGUGGAGCCUCUGCAGGUGUCAUGUACCUGCACGGAGGAUCAUCACAACUGGAUCGCACGUCUGCAACAGCCAGACCGAAGCGACCACGCUGCCGCGCCAAACGUGGCGACAAGGCUGCAAAAGAACCGCCAAGAGGCCAACGUCACCAAAGCAGACGUGAAUGGACGCAGCUGAGUGAGCAGAACUUUGUUGUCAUCAUCCUUGUUUUUGUUUUCAGCACAAUAAACUUCUUAAAGAUA